CGCUCUUCAUCUCUUCUCUCUCCAUUUUAAACCUAAUAAUCAAUCAUUUUAAAAUAGAUAAAUUUCUUGAUCUUGAUUUUAUUUCAAUUUAGUGAAAAAGUUGAAACCUUUAGGGCUUUUAAAGAAAGUUUAAUUCUGGGUGUGAUUCAAGAUUAUUGAUUUUGAGGUUAAUUGGCUUCAUUGACUAUAUUCUCCUGUCAUUGACGUUUGCUUUUCAGUCUCGAAAUAUUAUCUCUGAUUUAUGGCUACCAACGAGAACCUUCCUCCAAAUGUAAUCAAACUACUUGCUAGGGAAUUGAAAAGUCUUGAUGAUUCACCACCAGAAGGAAUUAAAGUAGGAGUGAAUGAUGAUGAUUUUUCAACAAUAUAUGCUGAUAUAGAUGGCCCGGCUGGCACUCCAUACGAGAAUGGUGUUUUCCGCAUGAAGUUGAUAUUGUCUCGUGAUUUCCCCCACUCACCUCCUAAAGGUUAUUUUUUGACCAAGAUCUUCCACCCAAACAUUGCAUCAAACGGUGAGAUAUGUGUGAACACAUUGAAAAGGGAUUGGAAUCCUAGUCUUGGAUUACGGCAUGUUUUAGUUGUUGUCAGAUGCUUGUUGAUUGAGCCAUUUCCGGAAUCUGCAUUAAACGAGCAAGCUGGCAAAAUGCUUCUUGAGAACUAUGAAGAGUAUGCUAGGCAUGCCAGGCUGUAUACUGGAAUUCAUGCUUUGAAGCCAAAACCAAAGUUCAAGACAGGAGCUAUAUCCGAAUCAACGGCAGUCUUAAAUGUUGACCAGACAAACUCAUCCGUUUGUAUCAUAGACCCAAAACCCGCUGUCUCUGGAGCAGUGGUGCAAGCCACUACACCUUUGGCCCCUUCACUAAACACCAUGAAAGGUGCAACCACUCUUCUGAACUCGGUGGUGGAUAUUGGAGUUAGUAGUGGUUCUACUGCUUUACCACCUGUGGUGGCAAUCAAUAAAGGCGGAUUGGUGAAAGCUCAAGUGGACAAAAAGAAGAUAGAUGCUAGAAAGAAAAGCCUGAAAAGAUUGUAAUAUGUUUGUAAUUGUUUUCAUGUAAGGUUGUAUUUGUUGAAUGUAGACUUGAUUGAUAAAUGGAAUCUGAGUUCUUGCAAUGUUUUUUCAA